AUGGAUGUGGAGUUUGUGAAAGGGCUGUGGGAAACCAUCCAAAAUGCAAUGGUUUCAAAUAAGCGGUGUAACGACGUAGCGGUGCCAAUUUUUGAUCCGGAAAAAAGCAACGACGGAACAGGUGUCUGGUGCGAAAGCUUCGAUAAAUUAGAAGAGUUUAAAUGGAGCAGCUUUGAGAAGAUUGCAAAAGCCGCGGUGCCAAUUAUUGAUCCGGACAAAAGCAACUACGGAGCAGCUGCCUGGUGCGAAAGCUUCGAUAAAUUAGAAGAGUUUAAAUGGAGCAGCUUUGAGAAGAUUGCAAAAGCCGCAUAUUUCAAUAUGGAUGCGGAGUUGGUGAAAGGGCUUUUGGAAACCAUCCGAAAUGCAAUGGUUUCAAAUAAGCGGCACGACGACGUAGCGGUGCCAAUUAUUGAUCCGGACAAAAGCAACUACGGAGCAGCUGCCUGGUGCGAAAGCUUCGAUAAGUUAGUAGAAGAGUUUAAAUGGAGCAGCUUUGAGAAGUUUACAAAAGCCGCAUAUUUCAAUAUGGAUGCGGAGUUGGUGAAAGAGCUUUUGGAAACCAUCCGAAAUGCAAUGGUUUCAAAUAAGCGGCACGACGACGUAGCGGUGCCAAUUAUUGAUCCGGACAAAAGCAACUACGGAGCAGCUGCCUGGUGCGAAAGCUUCGAUAAGUUAGUAGAAGAGUUUAAAUGGAGCAGCUUUGAGAAGUUUGCAAAAGCCGCAUAUUUAAAUAUGGAUGCGGAGUUGGUGAUAGGGCUUUUGGAAACCAUCCGAAAUGCAAUGGUUCCAAAUAAGCGGCACGACGACGUAGCGGUGCCAAUUAUUGAUCCGGACAAAAGCAACUACGGAGCAGCUGCCUGGUGUGAAAGCUUCGAUAAGUUAGUAGAAGAGUUUAAAUGGAGCAGCUUUGAGAAGUUUGCAAAAGCCGCAUAUUUCAAUAUGGAUGCGGAGUUGGUGAAAGGGCUUUUGGACACCAUCCGAAAUGCAAUAGUUUCAAAUAAGCGGCACGACGACGUAGCGGUGCCAAUUAUUGAUCCGGACAAAAGCAACUACGGAGCAGCUGCCUGGUGUGAAAGCUUCGAUAAGUUAGUAGAAGAGUUUAAAUGGAGCAGCUUUGAGAAGUUUGCAAAAGCCGGGGGAAGUAAUUUAAGAGAAAUUACUGUGGCUAAAGAAAAACUUGGGUUGUGGCUGCGAGAAAGGUUAGAACAAAAUAUUGAAUCAGAAAAUUUAAUUUAA